AUGUUGCACCAUAGUGCCAAGUGGGAAGAGGUAGAUGAUGAACAACAGAGGGCCAAACACAGACCCCUGGGGCACCCCUCUUGUCACAGCAGUACUCUCAAACUUGCAACUCAGCAUUACGGGUUGCGAGCCAAGGUGUCGAUACAUUCGUCAGACGCUCAGUCCGAGGAACUUCUCAACAUGUCAGGCAGAGGCAAAGGAGGCAAAGGUCUUGGAAAGGGAGGCGCGAAGCGUCACCGAAAAGUUCUUCGCGAUAACAUCCAGGGAAUCACUAAGCCUGCAAUCAGGCGUCUGGCUCGCCGUGGUGGUGUGAAGCGUAUCUCUGGGCUCAUCUACGAGGAGACUCGUGGUGUGCUGAAGGUUUUCCUGGAGAACGUGAUUCGCGAUGCCGUUACAUACACCGAGCACGCCAAGAGAAAGACCGUGACCGCCAUGGAUGUCGUCUAUGCCCUUAAACGCCAGGGUCGUACUCUGUACGGUUUCGGCGGUUAAACACCAGAUUUGUCCCUCGACUUA